AAACUAUUGCUUUGUUGAUAGGUUCUACUUCUAAGUUCUGACCUAUACGAUGAGUACUCCUUUAGGUUUUCUCCGAGUUCGAGUUAAUCGCGGCGUUAAUCUCGCCGUCCGAGACUUCAACAGCAGCGAUCCUUACGUUGUUAUCAAAAUCGGCAGAACGAAACUGAAAACCCGUGUUAUAAAGAAGAAUCUCAAUCCUCAAUGGAAUGAAGAUUUUACUCUUUCUGUUUUGGAUCCCAAUCUUCCUAUCCGUUUGACUGUAUACGACCAUGAUUUAUUCAGCAGAGAUGACAAAAUGGGAGAUGCAGAGUUUGAUGUUAAACCGCUUUUAGAAGCCAUGAGAUUGGACCUGAAAGGUCUUCCAUCAGGAACAGUACUCGCAAGGGUGCAGCCUUCUAAGCAUAAGAACUGUCUGGCCGAUGAAAGCUGUAUCAAAUACAUAGAUGGUAAGUUUUGUCAAGAUUUGAUCCUCAGAUUGAGAAACGUUGAAUGCGGGGAAUUGGAAUUGUCACUGAAUUGGAUCGUCGAUACUCAUGUUUGAUAGA